AUGCCAGGUACCGGCCAUUCCGUCAAGGAUGCAGCGCAAACGCCAACCGACUCGCCAUCAAGCUCCUCGAAACCAUACUCAUGCGUAGUAUGCCACAAGAGAAAAGUCAAAUGCGACCGGGAAGAGCCAUGCGCGAAUUGCGCGAAAGCCGAAGUCGAGUGCAUCUAUCGUCCUCCGCCGACGCCGCGCCGUCGGAAACGAGAGCGCGAUCGGGACGACAACGCGUCUCAAAGCCGCGGAAAGUCGCGUCGUCAGAGCGGAGACGAGUUGGCACAUGUUCAUGACGAUGAGUGCACGUCGUCACCUCGCGUGCGUGGGGAGAGCGUUCCUUCUGGAAAAAAACCGGGCUCGGGAAAGUUGAUUAUCAAAGAUGGCAACUCCUUCUUCAUUGACAAUGUUCUGUGGACAAGUGUCAGCCAUGAGCUCGCGGAUGCAACAGAUAUGAUAAAUGAUGCACCAGAAGCUGGGGGUGAGAAUGUAUCGGACGACGGUGAAGAUGAGGCCACAAUGCUUUUAUGCGCCGGAACUAAACAAAGCCUUUCGGAGCUCCACCCGAAUUCGUUGCAUAUCUUCAAGUUGUGGCAGACCUUCUUGGAAAACGUCAACCCUCUGACCAAGAUCCUGCAUGCCCCGACCGUCCAGCCAAAAAUCCUGGAAGCGAUGAGCGACCUACCAAAAGCAAGUAGAGAGCUUGAGGCACUGCUGUUCUCCAUCUAUUGCAUAUCAUUGGUAUCCUUACAGGCAACGGAAGUUGAGAAAUCGUUCGGAGAAGGCAAACGGAAGCUGUUAUCUCGAUGCCGAAGAGGCGCUCAGAAUGCAUUCAGGAACGUCUCACUUCUUCGAACGUCGAAUACAAUGGUACUUCAGGCAUUCAUGCUAUAUUUGCUAUCAAUGCGCGGAUUCUCAGACCCGCAUACAAUCUGGACCCUCAAUGGCAUUGCUCUACGCAUCGCCCAGAGAAUCGGCAUCCACCGCGACGGUUCCGGGUAUGGACUUUCAGUCUUCGAGACCGAGAUGAGACGUCGGAUAUGGUUUCAACUCAUUAUCAUUGAUGCGACAUCUGCUCAAUUCUGCGGCGUGGCCACUGGCCCAAUGCUGGCGAGUGCGGAUACCCGACUCCCGACAAACGUGAACGACAGCGACCUUGAUCCGCACAUGACUGAACCGGUCGGCGAGAAAGAAGGCGCGACUGAGAUGAUCUUCGCCCUCGCGCGGAGCGAAUUUGGGAAAUGGCUUCGGCGUUGGAGUAAACUGUCCGGAGAAUCUCAUUCACCCUGGGCAUUCAUUUCAUCGUCUGCCAUGUCGCUGCGCCAAAAAGAUGACGCUAUCGAUGAAUUUGAAAGUACUGUGCAGGAAAAGUUCCUUCGUUUCUGCGACCCGUCUAUUCCGCUGCACCUGGCUACUAUCAUGAUGGCGCGCUCGGCUGUUCACUACGCGCGAUUGAUGGCGCAUCACCCUCGCCAGUAUCAAGAUCCGAAUCGUCGGAUUCCGCAGGAAGAGAAGGACAUUAUCUUUGAAAAUUGUCUGAAGAUGGCGGAAUACGCCCACCAGGCCCAAACUAGCCCGAAAGUCCAACGAUUCAUCUGGCACAUGGUUAACCAUAUGCCCUGGGACGCCAUGAUCUUCAUGCUCUCCGAGAUGCGGCAUCGAACCGAUUCAGACGAGAAGAGUAAGGUCUGGCAUAUCAUUGGAGAUAUUUAUGCACGACACCUUCGACAAAUGACCAAAACUGCCCACAUGCCCCUUCAUAACGCCCUUCAGACCUUGAUUGUCAAGGCCUGGAAGGCAUACAUCGACGACUGCACCACUCACAACCGAAUCCCAACCUCUUGUCCCACCAUUGUGGCAACGUUGCUAGAAACCGCAAACGGUUCCACAGAACAACCCUCGAACUUCGAAGGUUCCAGGGUGGCCGAGCCCAGUGAACAAGCUCCCAUGGAGUUACCCAGUCAAGGUGUCAGUGCCGAAUACUUCGGGGCUGGCGCCGAGGACGUCAGCUAUUUGCUAGAGGACAGUCCCAACUGGGAUGAAUGGGACAACCUUCUCAACCAGUUCCAAGAAUCGCUCGUGGAUGAUAUGACUCUUAUGCCAAGUUCCUAA